AUGGGUGCCGCUUCCCGGCCAGAGACUGACAUGGGUGCCGACGAUGUCAACUCCAUCGAGAGCCACCAUCACCAAUACUACCAUGACGGCGAGCUGCGCGCCAAGGAAAAGGGCGCGACCGACAUCGACGGCGAAGACAUGUCGCGCAUGGGCAAGCGACAGGAGCUCCGCCGCAACUUCAAGUUCCUCGGCAUCGUCGGUUUCGUCACCAUCUUGCAGGCGACCUGGGAGAACAUACUCCUCUCCAACUACAUGGGCCUCUUCAAUGGCGGUCGCGGAGGCGUCAUCUGGUGCACCAUUGCCGUCUGGCUUCUCAUGCUCUGUAUGAUUGCGUCGCUGUAAGCUUUCGGACUCGGGUCCUUGGUGGAGACCAGAAUCGGAAUGCUGAUCGCCCGAUAGUGCUGAGAUGGCUUCAAUGGCACCCACUUCAGGCGGCCAAUACCACUGGGUCAGCGAAUUCGCCCCUCGACGCUUCCAAGAGCCGCUCAGCUACGUUGUCGGCUGGUGCUGCUGCUUGGGUUGGAUUACCGGAGUCCCCUCGUGCUGUCAACAGCUUGCUGGUAUGGUGACCGGUCUCAUCACCUUGGUCAACCCGAAUGCCGACGUCGACCAACUCUGGCAGGUCACGCUCCUGAUCUACGCUUUCAUUGCUCUGUCAGUCGCAUUCAACAUCUUCUUUGCCCAGCAUCUACCGCUCGCCGAGGGAAUCAUCCUGUUUGUGCACGUGUUUGGCUUCUUCGUCUUCUUGCUGGCUUUCUGGAUCAUGGGCGACCACGGUAUGUACGAACGGAGGGCGCAUUCAUACUGAUACUAACAGGAGGCAGCUUCGGCAUCCGAUGUCUUCACCACUUUCCAGUAAGCUCCCCCCUCUUUUUUCCCCGAUCUUCGACCGAGUCUUUUCCGCUGACCAGAAUAAAGCGACGGUGGCGGCUGGGGCAACAUUGGACUCUCGUGUUUAGUUGGACUCGCAACGCCUGUUUGGUGCUUCAUUGGACCUGUAAGUCGAAAGCGGUGAGCGCAACCAUUGGCUGGACUAGAGUGACGAAAGACGUGUAGGAUGCCGGAGCGCACAUGUCCGAGGAGCUCAAAGAUGCUUCCGUCCAGCUGCCCAAGGCUAUGGUCUGGGCAACGGUACUGAACGGUAUCCUGGGAAUCACGAUGCUGAUUACCUUCUGGUGAGUGCACGAGACACCGUCGCCGCGAAUUCACCUCUGACCAUGACAAGCUUCUGCAUCACAGACCUGGAUAGCAUUCUGGCCGACAAGUCGUCAUUCCCGGUCGUCGAUGUCAUCCAGAGCGCGACAGGCUCGUAUGCAGCAACCUGUGUGUUGGGUUCGCUCCUCAUCGUCCUCGUCUUCUUCUCCACCGUCACCACCAUUGCCAGUGCUUCACGUCAAGUCUGGGCUUUCAGCAGAGACCGAGGGUUCCCUUUCUCCUCAUGGAUUCGAUAUGUGGCACCGGAGUACGAAGUGCCAGUCAACUCUGUAAGUCCAAGACGGUCUCCGAUUCAACAGACGGCUAAUGCGUAUCAGCUUCUUGUGGUCAUGGGUGGCUCUAUGAUCAUCGCGGCGAUCAAUUUUGGUUCUGACGUGGCCUUCAGCGCAGUCGUGGGCCUUUCCAACGCAGCCCUAGCGUUCACCUAUAUCAUCUCGGUAGGAUGCAUUCGGCUCAAGAGACUGCGCGGUGAGCCGCUGCUUCCUCGAAGCUUCUCUCUGGGGAAGUUUGGAGGUCCAAUUAACGACAUCACGUUGGUGUUCCUGGUCAUCAUUUUCAUCUUCUCCUUCUUCCCCGAGAGCCCGUCGGUGGGAGAUGCAGAGUGGGCAGUCAACUUUAACUGGGCCAGUGUCAUGUUUUCAGGCACAUGCAUCCUGGCUCUGGCAUACUACGUGCUGGGAGGUGGCCGGACGUACGUGGCGCCCGUGGAGCUGGUGAAGCAGGAGUAG